AUGCCGGCUGAGGAUAAAUGGACGCUCGGCGUCACAAAAGCGGAUGGAGAAGGAGCAAAAGAAGGAGGAGGAGCAGGAGAAGAUCAAGGAAUACUCGCCGCUCCAAAGGCCAUCUCCGAGCUUCAGCUCAAAAAGGCCAUGGCUUCCGUUCAGCUGAAGAAACAGGCCAUCAAGGACGCCCGGGAAGAGGAGAAGAACUACAUCGAGUACCGGAAGAAGCAGAUCCUCUACGAGUAUCGCCCACGCACUUCCGCCUGUCUGCGGACGUCGGAUGAUUCAUUCCCGAGGCGUCGCCGCGGUGCCCAGAUGGGAUUCGGUGAGCGAAAGGCCUACUACCUGAACCAGCGCCCCAACGGCCAAUUCGCGUGCUGGUUCGGCAAGAAAAUGAAGAAGAAGAAGAACGACGAGGCCAAGGAGCCAAAAGGCGCGAAAGCCGAGGCGAGCAGCAACAAGAUCAUGACCCAAUCACAGCCAACCACAACGGCCGACGCCAAUCAGCGAUCCCAGAAAGGGUCGGAGAAGAAGGCGAAGGAGAAGGAAGACUGCGGAGACGGAGGACAGGCCGAGGAGGAUGAUGAGGAGGACGAGGACGGGGGCAGCAGCAAGGAGAAAAAGGGCAACAACGCGAAGCGCUGCCUCCAAAACGGGCAGCCGUUUUGGACGGUUGAGAAGGAGGACGAGGAGGUGACGGAGGACGACCUCCCCAUCGACUCGGACAUCAUCGAGAAGGUGGUCACCGGAGAGAAGAAGCUCGACAAGGCCCCGUUCAGGAAGGAGAAAUGGGAUCCGUUUGAUACUGUUGAAAACAUGAAGCAGAUGGACAAGCUGUUCGAGCGGGAGACGCAUCUCUUCACGAAUACCGUCGAAUCCGUCAUCCGCCUCUACCCCGAGUCGAACACGAAGAAGAAGCUCAAGCCCGAGCCCCACCCCAGGAAGGUCAAGUGGAAUCCGCAGAUUUCGGUCACCUGGUUCGACAAGGCGUACCGCCAGCCGAAGAAGGAGCGGAAACCGGUGAAGGAGCCGCUCAAGGACAUCCAAUGCCGCAAAAGCGCCAAGACC